CCUCCCCCAUUCCCCUUCUUCUCGCCCCUUUUUCUCCUCCCUCAAAGUUCACGCCUUCCAUAGACAAGAAAAUUGCAUCAGGGAAUAAGUGAGUGAGAAAGAAAGAAAGAAAGCGCGAUCUACAACAAUGUCGAUCGCCGCCGCCAACGUCAUUCCACCAUCUUCUUCUUUCUCUCUCACUUAUUCGCUGCAUUCACCCUCCCGCCGCCUCUCCACCUCCGCCUUCUUUGUCCACUGCCACCACCAACACCGACUUACCACCAGCAUCACCUCCUCGGGCGCUGCAGCCCCCCGCCGCGGGGGCCAUUUUUGGCUCACGUGUUCUACCCCAAACUAUAACACCACCCACAGCGUCGAUUCGGCGCCGGAAAUCUUAGAUAACAGCUACGGUAAUAACGACAACAAUAACAAUAAUAGCUCCGGCAGCGGCGGAGGCGGUGGAGGAGAUCACAGUAACGGCGGCGGCGGUGGUGGGGAGAAUAGUAAUAAUAAUAAAAAGGAGGCCAUGAUGGUUCUGGCGGAGGCGGGGAGGUCGAUAGAGAGCUUGCCGAAGGAUUUGAAGGCGGCCAUUGAAGACGGGAGGAUACCUGGAUCCAUCAUUUUGAAAUAUUUUGAGCUGGAAAAAGUUCCUCUCUUCGCUUGGUUGAUGAAAUUCGGAGGAUUUAAGGAGCGGCUCUUAGCGGAUGAUCUCUUCUUAGCUAAGGUUAUCAUGGAAUGCGGCGUUGGCAUGUUCACUAAGACUGCUGCUGAAUAUGAGCGACGCAGGGAGAACUUCUUUAAGGAGCUGGAAAUUGUCUUUGCAGAUGUGGUGAUGGCAGUAAUUGCAGAUUUCAUGCUCGUCUACCUUCCUGCUCCGACUGUUUCUCUUCGAGCACCAAUUAGUGCUAAUGCAGGCCGUAUAGCUAAAUUCUUUUAUGGCUGCCCAGAUAAUGCAUUUCAGAUAGCUCUGGGUGGAACAUCAUAUUCCUUGCUACAGAGAUUUGGUGCAAUAGUGCGCAACGGGGCAAAACUAUUUGCAGUUGGCACCACAUCAUCUCUGGUUGGUACAGUUAUUACCAAUGCCUUGAUAAAUGCAAAGAAGGCUGUAUCCUCUGUGGAUGAGACUGAGAAUGUGCCAGUAUUAUCUACCAGUGUGGGCUAUGGUGUCUAUAUGGCAGUUUCUAGCAAUCUUCGAUAUCAAAUAUUGGCUGGUGUCAUUGAACAACGAAUUUUAGAGCCCUUACUGCACCAGCACAAGUUAUUUCUGAGUGCAAUCUGCUUCGCCGUCCGGACAGGGAACACCUUUUUGGGUUCACUACUGUGGGUUGAUUAUGCCCGUUGGAUAGGAGUUCAGAAGGCUCAAGAGUUAGAAGAAUAAGUCUUUCGUUCGUCUUUGAUAUGGAGCAAGAUGAUUGUCUGGUGCCUUCCAUUUUCCUUUGUUUUCCCCUGCUAUUUGGGAAGUGAUUCUUGAGGUGAUCAAUUUGGUUGACACUGCAAAGAAGUAGGCUGGUAGAUAUAUAUAAUUAAAUUGAAAAGUGGUUUCAAUUUUAGCAUAAUUAGUUUGAUCGACUGUUCACUCAUUUAUGGCCAGUUAGUUUCUCUACUCAUUUUAUCUUUUUGUUUUCAUGUUGGAUACAAUGUUUACUCUAUUAGGCUGCGUGGUUUUCAUAUUAAUGUAGUAUAUCGUCACACAGCAUUGGACAGGUAUGCUGAAACUAAAGAAGGAAAAGGUAGUUGCAUUCCGAAAUUGAGGUGGAUUAUUCAAGUUUUC